AUGAGCCCCAUGAAUCAUUCCCAGGUGACUGGUUUUGUCUUACUAGGGCUUUCUCAGGUGUGGGAGCUUCGGUUCCUCUUUUUUAUUGUUUUCUCCAUUGUAUAUCUCCUGACGGUAACUGGGAAUCUUCUUAUUGUGGUCAUUGUGACCUCUGAUCCACGCCUGCAUACAACCAUGUAUUUCCUCUUAGGCAAUCUUUCCUUCCUGGACUUCUGCUACUCUUGCAUCACAGCCCCCCGGAUGCUGGCUGACUUGCUCUCGGGAAACCCCAUCAUUUCUUUUGGUGGCUGUCUGACUCAGCUCUUCUUCUUCCACUUCAUUGGAGGCAUCAAGAUCUUUCUGCUGACUGUCAUGGCGUAUGACCGCUACGUUGCUAUUUCCCAGCCCCUGCGCUACAUGCUUGUCAUGAACCGGACCGUCUGUGGCAUCCUCAUGGCAGCCUCCUGGGUGGGGGGCUUCAUCCACUCCAUAGUCCAGAUUGGACUGACUGUCCACCUGCCAUUCUGUGGUCCUAACAAGCUUGACAAUUUUUACUGUGAUGUGCCCCAGCUCAUCAAACUAGCCUGCACAGACACUUUUGUCUUAGAGCUUUUGAUGGUGUCAAACAAUGGACUGGUGACACUGAUGUGCUUCCUGGUGCUGCUAGGAUCCUACACAGCACUGCUGAUCAUGCUCCGGAGCCAUUCCUGGGAGGCCCGCAGUAAGGCCCUGUCCACCUGUGCCUCCCACCUUGCCGUGGUGACCUUAAUCUUUGUGCCUUGCAUCUACAUCUAUGCAAGGCCAUUUCAGACAUUCCCCAUGGACAAGGCAGUCUCUGUGCUGUACACAGUGGUCACUCCCAUGCUGAACCCUGCCAUCUACACUCUGAGAAACAAGGAUGUGAUUCUGGCCAUGAAGAAGCUGUGGAAGAAACAAAGUGGCCUUUUUGCUCCCCGGGAACACUGAGCCCAGGUUAGCAGAAGCAGGAACCUAAGAAUCAGAGCCAUAUUUCAGUGUACUAUCUGCUUCAGAAGCUACCAAUGACUUAGCUCAAGUUGCUGGCUUGCUGCUCCUCUGUGGCCUUGGCCUCAGUAGGUUCUGAUGAUAUAAAUGCCUAACCAACCCAGAAAAUGAAAUGAGUAUCCUUGAACUUAACUGUCUUCUAGAGAAGUGCUCUCUGAUGCAGUAUGGAAGUGUGCGGAUAGGUGGCACUGCCCCAGAUGAGCGUGGUGGUGUGCACCUGAUAAAGUUCCCACCACAGAGUGCAUGGAGCUGGUACACCUGGUGUUUCUUUUCCAAGAUUGCUUCUUGAAGUAAAUAAAAAUUACAUUUGAAGAACUAGAAUGAAAAAUAUGAAGGAAUCUGAAGCAAAAAAAAAAUUAGGAUGUCAAGCCCUCAUUUAAGGAGGCUUAUUGAAUUUGAUGUCAGUGAAGAGAAAGGGGAUGUGUCUUGGGCAGAUUGCUUUCUUUUGAUUGUUUUUUUUCCUUAUUGUUUCUUAAGGUUGUCUUAUCAUCAUCAUAAUCUAAGUAAUAACUGCUAAAAUUUAUUAUUUUUAAAUUUUAUAUGACAGAUAGAAAUUGAGAGGGAAGGA